AGAGAAUUCAGGUGGCCCCACAUGUUAAUCCGAAACUGCAGAGGCUGCCAUGGCCGGAGCCAAGGCCGCGGCAAUCGCCACCGUCACUACCCUGGCGAGCGUGAGGAUGUUGCCGUGGGCCACCAGGGCGCACCUCGACCCGACCGGGCAGGCCCUCAUCAUAUCCACCGUCGCCGGGAUGGCCUACUUCAUCGUCGCCGAUAAGACCAUCCUCUCCAUGGCCAGGAAGCACUCCUUCGAUGACGCACCUGACCACCUCAAGAACACCUCCUUCCACUAAUUAGACUAUAAUAGAUCCAUUAGUAGUGUGCAAUAAACUGCAAACACUUAUCUGAUUAUGAUGUUCAGCCAGCUGAGAAGCGACGACUUAUCUGACUAGUAAUGCGCACAUGCAACACACGUUAAUAGUUAGGCAAUAUAUUAAUUACACACAGAUAUUAGGUAUGAUAUUAUUUAUAUAUUAAUUAUAUGAUUAGUGCAAUAUUUGGUAUGAUAUUAAUUGCACGUUAAACCAGUGGUGGUGCCAGGAUCAAAACCAUGUGAUGUCAAGCUUCACUAAUAAAAAAAAUUAGAUCAUAAACAGGAAUAAAAACAUCAUACUUUAUUACAAACCGUCUAUGGCAGUAGUGCUUUGUGGCGAUGCAUACAUUGACAUGUAUAUGCAUAAUAGCAUCAAUACUAAUAGACUAGAAUACAUCAGUUUCAACAUAAGUUAUGAGACAAUGGUACAAGAAAUCAUCACCUAUUCUAUUGCGCCAAUCAGACUUGAUAUAUUUCAUUGCGGAAAAUGCUCUCUCAACUGUUGCCGUCACCACCGGCAAGAUCAAUGCUAGCUUUACCAAAAAAGAAUACUAGAGGAAAGGUAUUGUACUUCUUUGUCUCAACGAGUUUUCUGCAAAGAUCACUAACCCCUUUCAAAUUGGAGUCUUGAAUCAUCAUGAACAUUUUCAAGGAAGUUAUCAAGUUGGACACUAAGAUCUUCAAUCUUGCUUUCACUCCCAAAAUCUUCUGGAUACAAACGAGCCAUUGCUAACACUUUUUCUUUGUCAAAAUUAGCAAACGAAUCAGAAGGAUCCAAAGAAGCCAUCCCAAGAAGCAAGGUUGUGCUGCUUUCACUAAAGCGGUCAUCAAUCUCUACAUGUAACAUAUCAAUAACGGUGUACAUCGGACUUUGGUAGCAAUUCUUAUUUGAUAUGCCAUCAGUCUGAGCCUUCCGCUUUGAUUUCGAUCCUCGGGAUAUA